AUGGAUCAUAAUUUACGAGAUUUGCUGAAGCAGGAACGGUUUUUACGCAAGAAGUUCGACACGGUACGAAAUUUCCUACAUAACUUCGACGCAGAUCAACAUAAUUGCCAAUUGGACGUUCGACUACAGCGGCUCGAGGAAACUUUUAAUGAGUUCCAGAUCGUACGUCAAAGGAUCGAGUUACUCGCAGAAGAAGAAAGUGAGCAAACACCACCCGAGCCUAAGGAGACGGAAAAAGAAUGGGCAGAACGCGUAACCAUUUUGAACUUAGCCAGAGAAGAAGAAAAUUGGAAGGUACUGUCCGAGAUGGAAGAAAUUUUCUGCACUUUGAAGGGUGAAAUUAUGUCCCUGAAGCAACAUGAGCGUCGGUCAGAACCAACUGUAAGAUCAUCAACCACAGAAUUUGUUGAGACAUCGGUAGGACUAUCUCGUGUGAAACUCCCAGACAUCCGCCUACCAACUUUCAGUGGGCAACUGAAAGAAUGGAUGAUAUUCCGUGACAAUUUUCAGAACCUGAUUCAUCGAAAUAACCAGUUGAUGCCCAUGGACAAGUUUACGUAUUUGCGAUCCUCACUGAUGGGAGAGGCGUUAAAGGCAAUUGACUCUGUGGAGUUAUCAGCAGUUAAUUAUGAGGUGGCGUGGACGUUGUUACAAAACCGCUAUGAGAAUCGUAAAUUGAUUGUAAAAGCUUAUCUAGAUGCCUUGUUCGCUGGGGAGAGUAUGAAGAAAGAAAGUUACGAUUCACUGAAUCGGCUAAUCAGCGAUUUCGAGAUGAAUCUCAUGAUGUUGGACAAAGUGGGGGAACCAACAGCUAACUGGAGCACAUUGUUGGUUCAUAUGAUGUGUACGCGACUAGAUGGGACAACUCUCCGACAUUGGGAGUCUCACCAUAACUCCAAGGACGUGCCUAGCUAUGAGAAACUAAUCCAGUUUCUUCGAAACCAUUGUUCGGUUUUACAAUCGGUUGCUGGUAACAAGCCAGUACCGAUGGAAGAUAAGCGAUCCAAGAUAUGUAUCAGUCAUACGACCACUCACACUUUUAAUAAAUGUUUUUUCUGUGGAGAAGCGUUUCAUUCUGCCUUCCGUUGUAUGAAGUUUUUAAAAAUGAAGACUUCCGAACGAGUGGAAAUAUCCCGUCGACACGCGCUGUGUCUCAACUGUCUGUCACCUGGUCAUCAAGCUCGUGUCUGUAACAAGGGAUCCUGUCACCACUGUCGACAGAAGCACCACUCGCUGUUGCACACAAACUCAUACCCGGUCAAUUCCUCUGUCGCGCAAUCAAGAAGUCAAACCACCAAUCAACAGCAGUUACAAACACCUCGAUCGAACCUCAACCAACCGAUACACACUCAGACGACACAAACACGCACAAACUCACUCCCAGUUAUACACUCCAACAUCAGCCAAUCACCUACCACCACAAACCAGUCAUGCACGUGUAGAAAUACUGUCGCGCUUCCUGUCAGUACUAAAACCCAUUCUAAAGAAGUUCUUCUGUCAACCGCCAUCGUUCGAGUAGUAGACCGUUUCGGAAAUACUCAACUAGCUAGAGCUCUGCUAGAUUCGUGCUCACAGUUUUGUUUUAUGACCGUACAAUUCUGUCAGAAGUUGAGUUUCAUACAGAAGCCGAAGUAUCUAACGGUUCAAGGUAUUGGAGGAUCCAAGGCAGUGUCACGAAAAAUAGCUGUUGCAACCAUAGCGUCACGAUCCGAUCAGAUUUCGACGUACAAUUCUGAGAUGAAGUUCUUCGUGCUUCCGGAGCUUACUGUUUCACUACCAACCUCGAAGAUUAAUGUCAGCCAUUGGAGGUUUCCUGAAGAUAUUGUGUUGGCUGAUCCUACAUUUUUUGAACCCGGUCGUGUGGAUAUUAUCAUUGGAGCUGAACACUACUACGAUCUUCUCGAGGAGGGUCGUAUGAGACUUGCCGACGACAGUCCAGUAUUACAAAACUCUGUCUUCGGCUGGAUAGUUUCCGGGUCGGUUCCCGUUGAAGAAAGGAUUCAGCAGUCAACCGUAGCCUACACGUGUACACUUGCAGAUGUACACAAUCAAUUAACGAAGUUUUGGGAGGUGGAGACCUGUCGUUCCAAUAGCAUACAAUCAGUAGAAGAAACAGAAUGUGAAAACCUUUUUGACCAAACAACUACUCGGGAUAAAUCCGGUAGAUUCGUAGUGAGCUUACCGAAAAAGGAAUUCGUCAUCAAGCAAUUAGGAGAGUCACGUAAUACAGCGAUGAAACGGUUAACUGGAAUGGAGAGACGUUUCCAGUCAAACCCUGGAUUGCAAUCCGCGUACCGAGAAUUUAUGAGUGACUAUGAAAGGCGCGGACAUAUGCGACAAGUUAACGAACCCAACGAUGAAGCUCCUGUCUACUACCUCCCUCACCACGCGGUUCUGAAACCCGAUAGCACAACGACCAAGCUUCGUGUUGUGUUUGACGCUUCAUGCAAAACGACAACUGGGGUUUCAUUGAACGACGCACUGAUGGUUGGACCGGUCGUACAAGACGAUCUAUUGUCUAUUGUAAUUCGUUUCCGUUUCCAUAAAAUAGCAAUAGUUGCGGACAUAGAAAAAAUGUAUCGUAUGAUACAGAUGCAAUGCACUGAUCAACGUCUGCAACGCAUACUUUGGAGAGAUUCCUCCGACGCACCUAUUCUUACAUAUGAAUUAUCCACCGUCACGUAUGGCACUGCGGCAGCUCCCUAUUUAGCCACCAAGUGUCUGAAACGAUUAGCACAAACCGGAAGAUCUACAUAUCCCCAUGCAGCGGAAGUUUUAGAGAAAGAUUUUUACAUGGAUGAUCAGUUGACAGGAACCGAAAACCUUGAAGAAGGAAAACAGUUGAUUCGCGAAAUGCAAGAGCUGAUGGCGUCUGGUGGAUUCAUUCUACGAAAGUGGAACUCGAAUUGUCGAACGUUACUUGAGGAUCUACCCGCAGACUUGGUAGAUGACCGUGCCACGUUUGAGCUGGAUUCUUCCAACUCUCCCGUUAAAACCUUAGGUCUAUUAAGGGAACCUAGGUCAGAUAAAUUCCUGUUCACAUCUCCCAAAUGGAACAGCGAAACCGUCUUUACCAAACGUAUAGUUCUCGCUGACGCUGCGCGCCUGUUUGACCCGUUAGGACUAGUGGGUCCUGUGGUAGUCUUAGCGAAAAUAUUUCUACAAGAGAUCUGGAAACGGAAAUGUGAUUGGGAUGAUCCGCUUCCAGACGAUAUGCAAUCGUUCUGGAUGGAUUAUCGACGAAACCUGCGAGCACUCUCAUCAUUAUCAGUACCCCGAUGGGUGCAAUUUUCGAAAAACUUGGAGUUCGUCGAGAUACACGGAUUCUGCGAUGCAUCCGAUAAGGCUUAUGGAGCCUGUAUUUACCUUCGUUGCACGUCUAGUGAUGGUUCCGUGGAAGUAAAUCUUAUUACCGCAAAGUCCAAGGUCGCUCCCUUGGAAGACCUCAAAUGA